UAGUCGAGCCCUUGUGACCGAGGCACCGAACGCAAGGGACGCUCCGCCCUCCUGGACGCGGUCGCUAUGGUAACCAGUCUUCGCUUCCAAGGAGUACCAAGCAUGGUAAUCAUCAGUGAAAAUUCGUGAAUGUGAGCAAGGCAGUGCACUAAGCAGGAGAGACAAAGAGGCUACUUUAGUCUUCCUCAGCCAUUACCGCACGUGGCUUCUCCAUCAAGGAGUUAGCACAAGCUGAAAAUGGCAAAAAGAGAAGCAGAUGAUCACAGAGCAUCACUUGCUCAGUCUUCUUUAUCACCUCUGACUAAAGCCAUGAAGGUAUCACAGCAGAGCAAUGCUGAAGACACCUUCAAUGGAGAUACCAUUCACCCAAUUUCCAAAUGUAUUUCAAAAGAUUUACCAAGAGAGUUUAUGUCAUCCCAGGCAAAAGCAGUUAUUAAAACUACUGAAGAUUAUUUGCCGCCUCAGUUUGGCCCCAACAGACUUUUACAUUCAGCGGCAGUAUCGGAAGGGUCAGGACUUCAAGAUUGCUCCACACAUCAAACAGCAUCAGAUCAUAGCCAUGAUGAAAUAUCAGACCCAUAUCGCUACAAAUCAAACAGUAAAAACAAUUCUUGUUUUAUAUCAGCAUCCAAGAGAAACAGACCUGUCAGUGCUCCAGUGGGUCAACUGAGAGUUGCAGAGUUCUCUUUAAAAUUUCAGCCAGCCCAGAAUUGGCAUAGAUUGUCUCAAAGACGCAAACUUCAUCCUGAAGUGAUUACAGUAACAGCUUACAAAAAUGGAUCUAGAACAGUCUUUACCAAAGUUACAGUACCAACCAUCGCCUUGUUGCUGGAGGAGUGCACAAAAAAGCUGAAUCUGAACAUGGCCGCACGACGAGUGUUCUUGGCAGACGGCACUGAAGCCCUCAAACCUGAAGAUAUACCCCAUGAAGCCGACGUUUAUGUUUCAACAGGAGAGCCCUUUUUAGAUCCAUUCAAAAAAAUUAAAGACCAUCUGUUGUUAAUGAAGAAAGUAACUUGGACAAUGAAUGGGCUGAUGCUUCCUACUGAUGUUAAAGGACAGAAAACCAAACCUGUUCUUUCUCUUAGAAUGAAGGGACUUACAGAGAAGACCUCAGUCCGAAUUCUGUUCUUUAAGAAUGGCAUGGGGCAAGAUGGGCAUGAGAUUACAGUGGGAAAGGAAACAAUAAAAAAGGUUUUAGAUACUUGCACAAUGAGAAUGAACCUAAAUUCACCAGCCAGAUAUCUUUAUGAUUGGUAUGGCAGAACAAUUAAAGAUAUUUCAAACGUUCCUCUGCUUGAAAAAUGCCUGCAAAAUUCCAUCACACCUUUGCGGGGACCAGUUUGGGUCUCUAAGGGAGAAGGUUUCAGCCCCUCAGGAGCUAAGAUGUACAUCCAAGGAGUUCUUUUGGCCUUGUACCAACGACUAAAGUCUGCAAAAAAAUAUUAUACACAGUAUGAAAUCAGAAUUGCUAUUGUAGAAGGUGGGCUAAAAUGUAAACAAGUCACAUUCUGGGAAAUGAAAUUGUGA